UCUUUUCCUUUUUGUACACACUUUUCAGAAUAAAAGCUUCCUUUAUACCUGCAUUAUUUAUAAGAAUCAAACCUACUGCAGAUAAAGAGAUCAGAUUAUAUAUAUUGAUGAUCAACAUGGUCACUUUUCCGGUGUAAACAGAUGUGACAUGCUUUUUUUUUUUUUGCUCUGGUUUUAUUUUGAAGCAGAACUGCUGAAACCCAGUGUCUAAAGUGCCUCCUUCAUUGUUUUACUGCAGCAUGAGGGGUGUAAAAUAACUAAGCCAUGAUUAAAAAUGUAUGUUUCACUCCUUAGGUGAGAAACUUAAUCCAACUCUUGCAGGUAACCAUCAAAUCGGUUUCUAUGACAACGCAGCGACAGUAGCGUUAUUAUCUUGGAGCUACGGCUUUAGCAUUACAGCUUGGAGAUAGCAAGCUAGCAGAGGACAGCUCUCCUUUUUGUUUUGUUGGGUGAGCAUCGGCAACAAACGUAAGGGUCAUGUUAGCACAGCAGCGCUAAAAAUGAUCACCUACCAGGUAAAAACGCCGAUAUCUCCACUGAAUCUUUUAAUCCUGAACGGAAGCGCGGAGGUGACGCGGCGCGGCCCUGAUGCCGCGGAACGCCCGACGCCCCGCAGCAUGUGGACGGGAGCGGGCCCACGGAGGACCCAUAACUCAACUAAAGAUGAAACCGUUCAGUCAGACAGAAGGAAGGACAUCAACUCAAGGCCUUUUCUGUUUGAUAAACCAUGUAUGUACAUGCACAAGGACACAGGUUUGAUUCCUCCAUUGCCAAGAAACCUCCAUCUGCACAAACCUGCAACCCUGCAUCCUUUAAACCUUUCCAAGCCAAUGGCCAAAAGGCACGCAGGCCGACCUUUACCUCUGAGUUGUCGUGGGCGAUACGACGACAACACCCGUCCAGCUAUUCUCCUUUCUUCCAGUUUCAUACUGAACGGUCAGAAUACCUUCUCAGGAGAAAACUGCAAAUUUAUGAGACCUAAGGUCAAUUAUCCAGUUUACAACCCCAUGACAAAGUACAGUCAGAAAAGUCAGUCCUAUCCAGACCCCCUGGUUGGAGCUCCCUGCGUUUUUCUCCAGCGGAUAACCGAACUCUCCUCUCUAGAGGGAGAGACCCUGAGGCAAGAAAAGUCAAAGAAAAGGAAAUCCAAAAAAACAUCUUGACAAUCACCUUCAUCGGAGUCCCAACGCUCUAGAAUAAAAACCUGUGAGUCUGUGCCAACAGCCGACAGAAGUGAAAGCUUCGGGGAGGCCUGCUCCUUUCAGUGGCUUCUGCUGAUUGCGUGUUUGUCCUCACUGAUAGUGAUCGGCUGCUUAAGUUGGCUGGUUCUUACAUUUUGGGGCUCCUGAUGGUGCUUUAAUGGCCUUUAUGGUCAUCAUUUGCUCUGACAAAAGCAAAUGAUGCAUGUCUUCCAGCAUAAGGACAUUUUUAAUGGCUGUUAUGGACUCUGCCAUACUUAGUCUGUAUGAUUAGUUCACUGCAGACAAUGUCUAACUCUGUUCUAGACCUUUAAAACAUAUUUCUUUUGUAAAUAUGUAUUUACAUUUUGCAUAGUUUAGGGCGAAAAAAAGUUUUAUUGUGCUUUGUUCGUUGUCUUCCCAAAAAUAAAAGACAGUUGAUAUAUUUUUUGGAUUCUUCUGGAACACAACCUUAUUGAGAAAACGGUGCACUAAUGCAGAUGCAUGAGCCUUUAAUAACCAGUGUUGGGAUGAGACCGUCUGAAUUUCACAAUGCGGUCGUUUUUUGGAGGUUCACUCGUUUCGUUUCCUUCUCUGUUUUAGACAAAGACAUCUCGUAACCCUUGUGCUAUCCUAGGCACUUUAACGUUGGGAGUGGGGUCAUCUAGACCCACUAGACAGUUCUCUAAACCUUUUUUCUUCAAUGA